CUUCUCUAAUCCAAUCCGAAUCCAUUGGAUUUUUUUAUGGCUGUAGCUUCGGAGGCGCCUUUCCAUGUUCUUGCAGUGGAUGACAGCCUCAUUGAUAGAAAGCUUAUUGAAAGACUCCUCAAAACGUCGUCUUUUCAAGUGACGACUGUAGAGUCAGGAAGUAAGGCGCUUGAGUUCUUGGGUCUCCGAGAAGAUCUAGAGAGACCAUCUUCUGCUACUUCUUGCCAGCAUGAGAUUGAGGUCAACUUGGUUAUUACAGACUACUGUAUGCCUGAAAUGAGUGGGUAUGAUCUUUUGAAGAAGAUCAAGGAAUCAUCAGCUUUUAAGGAUAUUCCAGUUGUGAUAAUGUCAUCUGAGAAUGUGCCGUCAAGGAUUAACAGAUGCUUGGAAGAAGGAGCUGAAGAAUUCUUACUAAAACCAGUAAAACUAUCCGAUAUGAAUAAGCUUAGGCCUCAUAUGCUCAAAGGAAAAUCUAAAGAGGACCAGCAGAGAAGCAAUAACAAUAAUAAUAUUGACUUCAGCACUAUUAACAGUGGCAGCAGAAACAAUAAAAGGAAAGCUAAUGAAGAAGGGCUUUCACCUGAGAGGACAAGGCCAAGAUUCUCAAAUAACACCACUAAUAGCUUAACUGUGUUGUGAUACUUGAAAAUAUUUUACAAAUCUGUCUUAUUUUCUUCUUUUAAUUCAAUUUUACUGUGAUUGAAUUUCCACAUCAUUUUUAAGAUGUUUGUGUGUAUAUAAUGGAGUUGUCUUUGAAGGAGAAGAAUAAAUAGAUGGAUUUAUCUGAUCACUCUUU